GCUGGAUGGAAUUCGCUACCGAGAAAGAAUUAAUUCGGCAUCACAAAGUCAAUCACGAGAAAAGGGAAACCGCAAGGAAGUACACAUGCGCCGAUUGCGGACAGGAAUUUACCAGAGAUGAUAAUCUAGUGCGUCACAGGAACAAGACUUGCAAGGCUCGUGAGGAAAUGGAACGAUGAGUGGGGUGGAAACGAAUUCUUCUAAGACAUAAAGCAUUUCAGAUAUCCAUGUAACUUCCAGCCAAGACAUCAAAGUGGUUGAUCGGGGAGACGAAAUGAGUACACGCACUUGUCGGAAGCGGGCAAAAGUG